AUGAGAAACUCCGUCUGCCAUCUACCCAAUGGCCUCUCGUUCACAGUGACGCCCGUCUUUGGCGGGGUCACCUUCAAAUCGAAUGACUCGCUGUCGCACAGCUCAAGCUCGACCUUCCCACCCGGCUGGACAAUCAUUAUCCAUAGUGGAAAGACCCCCGAGAAUCCUCCAGCCGAAGAACGUGGACGAACCGGUUCUGAAGACAUACGCCCUACGUCUAGUGGUGGCAGCGACGACAGCAACAUCACGCGCUUCACCACCCCCACCUUGAACCGUGACUGCCUCUAUAUCUCGUAUAUUGUGAACCCCCCUUCGAGCGACUAUAAACCGGUCAUGUCGCCUACUCGCCAGAUUGCGAUGAUGCUGUGGGCUACUCUGUGGUGGUACUUCCACGAGCCCGAGCCGGACUUGCAUCUGGAAACCGCUGCCUCGAGCUCGACACCGCAUGAUGGACGACCACAGGGCGAGUGGCGCGUGAAUAUCAGACGAGAGGGGAUCUUCAAGGGUCGGAACUUGCUUCAGAAGCUCGAACGCAUGGGUUUGAUCGCGAGCGAGGACUCUUCCGUCGGUCUUCAACCUAUGGAGACGCGUGAUUCAAGCAGCUGGUCCAACAUGUUUGUGAGUCGACGGAGUUUCUGGCAGAUAGAUCCUCGCUUGUUCCUUUUCACGCUCACGCCACGAGGGGCUCCCCUUUCGCCCUCGCUGACUCCCUUCCAAUCUCGCCAUGCCUCCCCGGUACGAGACGGUAUGCCGAGUCCGCAUGCGUUGCAGCCGGCGGAAGCUUCGUUCCAUACAUCCAACAUAGGCACGUACACUUCUGCGGGUCCCUUUACGUCGGCUAGUCACCUGCCAACGUACUAUCCUCCGGCACCUACACAGUACACCUUUACCAAUGGCGUGCGCCAUCCUGUCCGGUCUAAACCCCCGCAUCAAGGCGAAGUCUUUUACGUGCGCCAUAUCCCCAGUGUAGACCAGUUCCUUUCAUUCCGAGUGCCCUUCUUGCCGAUGACCAAACCCGGGCCUGCAAAUGAACCUACCACGGGCAGUCGACCAUCAACUCCCACCAUAACUGUCAGCUCCUCCGUCACCAGUGUUGAGCAGCAUCUCUGCACGAGUGCACCCUCCGACCUCGACAUGCUGCAUCGGUGGAUGAACGACCCCCGAGUUGAAGCCAUGUGGAAAGAAGGUGGCGAGCGCUCAGUCCAAGAGAAAUUCUUGAUGAAGAACCUUACUAGUCGACACAGUUUCCCUGUCAUCGGCUGCUGGGAUGGAAAGCCAUUCGGCUACUUUGAAAUCUACUGGGUGAAGGAAGACCCGCUGGGUCGAUUGAUCAACCGUGUUGAGAACUAUGACCGGGGUAUCCAUGUUCUCGUUGGUGAGCAGGAGUUCCGGGGUCCGCAUCGAGUGGCCGUUUGGUUGAGUGCGUUGGUGCACCAUUGCUUUUUGUCUGAUAUGCGGACUGAAGCGGUCUAUUUGGAGCCCCGGGUGGAUAAUACCAAGUUUAUUCAAUACCUCCAGCAAGCUGGCUUCUAUAAAGAGGGCGAGGUGAACUUCCCGCAUAAGCGCUCCGCCGUGAUGAAGAUCAAGAGGGAGUUCUGGGAGGCACCAGCGCUGUGA